AUGGCUCGUUUCAGCUUGUCCUUCCUUGCUCUCUGCUUCUUCCUGGCCCUCAUGGUCUCCGCCUUGCCCGCCAAGCGUGACGACGGCGAUUUGGACGCCUCUGAUGCUGUUUCGGCCGCUCUCAGUGCUCUCAAGGCCUUUGAAAAUGCGGAUGAGAAGAAGCCCACCCCUGAAAAGGCCUCGGCUGUUCAUGGAGCCAAUGUGACGGAGGGAACCGCCACGCCACAGCCCAUCCCCUCGGGCACUCGCACCACGGUGCAGACCCCCGCCGCUGCCAGCAGCUCUGCUGCCCCUACUCCGAAGAAGAAGACCAGCUCGGAGAACAUGCUCUCGCACAUUCCAAUCAUUGGAGGUGUGUUGGGAGGUGGUGCGGGUCUGGGAAGCCUUCUGCCAACUCGGUAG